AACCAAGCUCCCAGACAUUCCUUCAGGCCGCCUAAAUAUUUAUGUCCCGAGGGGGACACGUUGGACCAAGCUACGUCACCGCUGGGGGACAUGGGCGGAGGGUGAAUUCCGCGAACAGCUGUUCUCCUCCAGCUGUCCCUCCGAGACGCACCAAACUGCUGCUUUGUCCUGCUUCAAACUCCAUCGCUGCACAUUGAAUGACUUGCUAAAAUGUUGUAUCAAGUUGUUCUCCUGAUUCUUGGAGCGACAAUCCCCUGGUUGGCGGUGGAGGGAAAGCCCGCCGUGUGUGCCAAUGUGUUUUGUGGAGCGGGCAGAGAGUGCGCCACGACGGAGAGAGGAGAACCUGCUUGCAUGUGCAUCGACUACUGUAAGGCCCACAAGCAUCCGGUGUGUGCCAGUAACGGGAAGACGUACCAGAACCACUGUGAGCUGCACCGGGACGCCUGCCUCACUGGGACCAAGCUGCACGUAGAGCAGGAUGGACACUGCCAAGAGAUGUCCAACAAAGUUGCAGCCAGCCCAAUCGUUUGCUAUGUAGCAGACAGGAAUGAGCUACGGAGAAGAGUGAUUGGCUGGCUUGAAGGGGAGGUGGAGCCCGAUGGCUGGUUCUCAACAGGAAGCAACUUCUCUCACAUCCUGGAGACAUACUUCAAGGAGUACGAUGAUGGAGAUUCCCAGAUGGACUCGUCUGAACUCCUGAAGUUCCUCCAACACAACGAGACGGCCAUCAACAUCACCGCCUACGCCAGCCAGGACAACAAUCGCCUGCUCAGGAGCCUAUGUGUGGAUGCUCUCAUUGAGCUGUCAGAUGAAAAUGCUGACUGGAAGCUGAGUUUCGAUGAGUUCCUCAACUGCCUGAAGCCUGACUUCAACCCCCCAGAGAGAAUGUGUGCCCUGGAGGACGAGACGUACGAGGAUGGGGCAGAGACUCAGAUGGAAUGUAACCGCUGUGUAUGCGCCUGUGGAAACUGGGUCUGCACAGCUCUCACCUGCGACGGAACAGAGCACCCGAAGGUGGUGGAGGCUGAGGGGGCGGAGCAGGAAAUGACAGAGGAGGAGUGGACCCGCAGGGUGGCAGAGCUCAACUUGCACCAGGAGACUGUAGAAAAGAUGAAGGUGGGCGUCAAUGAGAUCUGAGAUGAGACCCACUUUAUCAUUUCAAACAACCAGAAUGACUGCAGACUCUCAUCAACCAACCAGAGCGACUGCUGACUCUCAUCCAACCAACCAGAGCGACUGCAGACUCUCAUCCAACCCAUCUUAAUCAGCCAUGCCUUGCCGGCUGCAGCCUCUCUGAGGAUAAUCACAUUCCUGUCCGUGUCCAUUAUUCUGCUGCAUUUGCUUUUAUGAUUCUGGUCUAUUUCUGUUACGUCAGACAUAAUACUGUUCUAGAUUUACUUUACUGUACCAGAGUUAGUGGGACUGAAUAAGAGGGUUGAGGUGAUAAGGAUUAGUUUAUUGACAAUAGUUUAUAGUCCCUUCACGUUUCUCAGAAGACUGAGGUAACUACUGAAUGGUCUGAACUGUGGUCCAGGGAUGAUUGUUGAUGACGUCAUCUUGUUUGUGUAUUUGUGUCAAAAUAAAGAUGACUUAUUUACUUAUAAA